AUGUGCUUGGAAAUAACCUUCCGAUUCAGGGCUGAGGACAUCACGAUGACAAGCACAAUAGCUGGCGAUAUGAAAGGACGCGACACGGCGGUAACAACCGAUCAGCCUAUUGACACGGAGGCGGACCCAUUAGGCUCCAUGUUCUUUGCGUCGGUCCCAACUGUGCCCUGGAUAAAUUCCGCUCCCCACACCAGCAAACUCUCCCUGCGUCCCGCUGCGGGGAGUCAGGAUCUGCGGGGGCUGAGGGCCAAUGCCGCCAAUGACUACAUCUCAUACGGCGUAUCUUCUAGCAGAAUAUCAUCCUCUCAGCCUCGGGUUUUGUCGGGUUUCGGAGACUGGGACAGACACCGCUGCUCGGUCUUUGGAACGGUCGUCGAUGUAGUUGUCGCAGUCUGCAACCCCCCGAAGUUCGAGGCUAACGAUCCAUCCAGCAGCCUCUUCGUCGUAUGA